UCUUUUAGCAGGUAUUCUCUGGUUUGGCUCAGUCUGAGUUUCUCCAGACUGCAGUCAUGGAAUCAGACAUUCAUUUAUGGCCUGCAGCGACUCUUUCAGUCUGAUCACCUCAGGACUCGUCGGACUGUUGAUCGGAUGACAGAUUUAAUGAUGUUUUCCCCUGAUGUUUCAUAUUCACUGCUGUUAUUGGGAAUAUCGUGUCUGACUGUGUUCACCAAGAGUUCUCAGGAGUUCUCAGGUUAUCUGUCCCGUGUGCUGAGGAAUUAUACUGAACAGGCGUGUGACGGAGACUUCCUGACUGUUCACUGCCCGCCCAGAACUUCCGUCACGGUUCAAUCGGCAUUCUACGGCAGAGGAGACUCCGCCCACUCACCGCAGUGCCCGUCCACUUAUAGCAGCGCUGGGACACGUUUAGUGAAUGACAUCACUUCCUGUCAUGUGUCAACGUCUCUGCAGAAGAUGCUGGAUGAAUGUGAGGACAGAAGAAGCUGUCAGGUUCUUGUCAACAGUCGUCUGUUCGGGGCGGAUCCGUGUCCAGCCGUCAGCAAAUACCUCAGCGUGCAGUACAAGUGCCGGCCGAACGAGUAUAAGAGUAAAGUUGUGUGUGAAGGUGAGCGUUUGAGGUUGGGCUGUAAGACCGGGAUGCAAAUCGCGGUUUACUCCGCCAUGUUCGGCCGCACGCAGCGCGGCACACUGGAAUGUCCUCCGCACCACAUGAGGGCGCCAUCUGUAGACUGCUCUUCAGACAUUGCUCUGCAGGUGAUGACAUCACGUUGCCAGGGGAAACGCACAUGUGUGGUCCACGCCUCUACGCAAGAGUUUGGAGACCCCUGUUACCGUGGCACCCGCAAAUACCUCAGUGUGAUCCACACCUGUGUCCCAAAGAAACUCCUGCAGGAAUCCAUUUCCAGGCAUCCAUCGUUCCCCUCCCCCCCAUCUAUGCCUCAUGACCCCAAUGUGGUGGGAGACAGUGCCCCUCCUGACGGGACCCCGCCUCUGACCUCUGACACAGCACCAGGGAAGUCGACACGAGGCCGGACCUCCGGACCAUAUUCAGAAGAGACGGAUCUGUCUGCAAGAGGAAAUAAACCGAACCCGACCAUCUCCACGAUGACCCGACCGGUCAUGAAUCUCAUCAGCGGCGUGCUGUCAGCUUACACCUACAUCACAGGACACCCGGAGCGUUGUGCGCUGUAUUUCAUGUGCGGCGUGUGCGCUGGACUCUUCGUGACGCUCUUCGCGCUGGUGGUCCAGAUCUCCUGCCGUACGGACUGUAAACCGCGUCACGCGGUCGCCAAGAAACGGCCGAGACCCACGAACUCCGACAGCGACACUCUGGACUCUGAUUCCGACUGGGACACGUGCUCGGACCUCUCGGCCCGCCGGCACCGGCGUUUCGAGCGCACGCUCAAUACGAACGUCUUCGCGUCAGCCGAGGAGCUUGAGCGAGCGCAGCGAUUGGAGGAGAGAGAGCGAAUCAUACGAGAAAUAUGGAUGAACGGACAGCCGGAUGUCCCCGGGACUCGCAGCCUGAAUCGCUACUAUUAAAGCGCUGAGAUGUCGUUUUCGGACAGCUCAAAGCAGCUAAUGUGUGGCAUUAAACUGAGGUGGAAAUAAACUCUUCUUUACAGCGUGCUUAAUCCGUGUGCUGGGGUGAAAGGUCAAGUGCACCUGAUCCUUGGACUGAUGCUGAAGCUGAGGCUCAUGGGAGAUCCAUUUGAAGACUCUAGGAGUCUAUAGGCAGCUCUGAAAGGCUUGAUAAGCUCUAAGCACUGUGAUUGGUUCUUCACUUCGCCUGUCAAACAGUGAAGACCGGCUUCUGUAGAGAGAGAAGCUGUACAUUUACACUUUUCAAAAUAUAAAGAAUUAUGUGCCUUACACAAACUAUACAGUAGCCCCCCAAAAAGUAUACGGAUACUAUGUAGAUAUAUCAGGGUUGAGCAAUUCAGAAUGGGAGAUUUAUUUCCGUUUAACUUCCUGAGUUGAUAUUAAAAUUAAAUUGUUUUGCGGCAGAGGAGAUUUAGGUGAAAUGUCAUUAUUAAACCCAUAAUUAAGCAUCAUGUUUUAAAAUAUGAUAUUUUCUAAAAUCUAUUUAAAAUUAGAACAUUUUAAGUGUUCUCUUCCCGUGGUUAAAAAAUGUAAAUUUAAUACAAAUUAAAUAAAAUCUCAGUUAUCACUUCAGUUCUGAAUUAUCCUACAACCCUGAUAUUGUCAUGUUCACUCAGUUUAUGUGUUCACCACGGCCCGUAUUCACGAAAAUGUACUUAAGACAAAAUGUUAAUGUUUCUUUUGUGAAUCAGGCCCCAGGACUCUUAUUUUGGCAGUUAGUUGUAUUCCACCCUUGAUGAAUUUGAUUUCAUUGUUCCUGUGUUCGAUUUGUUUUUCUGUUUAUCAUUUGUUGAUCUGUAACCAUAGAAACAAAUGAUAACAGAAAAACAAUGCGAACACAGAAACAGAAACAAAUAUUAGUGUCAAAAUAAGAGUUUUGGUGAACGCAUAAACGUGACAGAUAUAUACACCUUUGUCAUUUUGAGAUAUAUAUAUAUAUAUAUAUACACACUCAAAAGUGUUGUAAAAUCAUCUCAUCCUUUGUAAAAUAUAUUUUGAUAUUUAAACAUUUUGUUGUUGAUGUUUCUAUUUUUGAAUAAGAUAUUUUAUACUGUGGCAAAGCUUGCCUGAUUGCUCAGGGAUGCAAUCCAAGUGUUUUUUUCUGUUAAAGCUUCUGUUCCUAAAAUAGGAUGAAAGCCCUUCAAGUGUUCCUGCAUAGAUGCAACUGUAACCUCAAAGAGGUGAUUUAUAACCCAUAAUGCACAGCAGUGUCGUGCCUUAAACUCAGAAGAUGAAAUCUGCCAACACAAGCAGUGGUGAACGAUGUUUAUAGAUUGAUCGCUCUAUGCAUGUGAAGGGCUUUCUGUUUGUUAUGACUGUGGCUAAUGUGUUACAGACAUUUUUGUUACAUGAGGGAUCAGAACCCAAUGAAUAUUCAUUGAAAUGACCCCAAGCAUCUGUCUGUACACUCUUAAACAUCCUUACGCAAAUAAUCAAUAAACAACCAAGAGCUCUUUAGGGCAGGUACAGCCUAAGAUUUCUUUAAGAUUUUUGUAUUGUGUCAAAUAUGCAAUGGGUAUUGGAACAUUUGUUUUGAAGAGUGCAUUAUUUUUAUAUAUUUUAUAUAUAUAUAUGUUUUUGAUUCCUUCAAAACAAGCCCAGAAAAGCACAUGAAGUGACCCAAAUGUUUGUUUGUAUGUUUUUGAGGAUUGUUUUGUACCGACUGUUAAAUAUCACAAAACAGAAUGUUUAUGUUUACUGCUGCUUCAGUAAUAUUUCAGCAAGAUCAACUUUAGAGAAAUAUUGCUCAUGUAAACAGCAGGAUAUUUGAGAGUUUUUUAUAGAGAAAUGUAAACCACUGCCUUAAUCUGAGACUAACUGUUGUUGUGCAUUGAAUAAAGUGCAUUGAGA